AUGGCGGCUGAUAUCGGGAGUAAUUUGCUGGAAGCGGUGGUGGAGCAGGACCUUACAGGUCCAUUCAGAUAUUUGAGAGUCCGUUGUCGAUAUAUUUUGUUCUUACGGACGGACGAGGACACCAGGGCCCUCAUACUAUGGCGUGCUGCCAAUGUGUCCCUGUUUACAGGAAGAAGAAACGCAGCCAUCAAUGGAUACGAAAACUUCAUAUCUGAGAAAAGGCUGGGAGGGAAGGUGACCCCAGCCUUCUGCAAAAAAAAGUGGGAGAACUUAAAACAAAAGUUCAAGGAUCUGAAGUGCCCCAAAACUGGAGUCAGCACAGAGGGGGGUGAGGCCACUGCCGCUUCUUGGAAGUGGUACACAUUGAUGGAUGAGGCAAUUGGGGGCAGGCCAUCAGUGACACCGCCUGUCCUCAUUGCCUCAUCCACCCGGGAUGUGGCAGUGGCUUCACCCCCCUCUGUGGUGACCCCUGAGCAGGCCAGUACCUCCAUGGCAUCCACCCCAAAGAGGCGGAGGGUGGAUGUCAUGGAGAUUUUUGCAGACAUGGAGAGGAAGGAGGAGCAGUUGGAGGCGGUGCUGCUAGACAUGCAGCGAGAGGAAAAGGAGAGAGAGGAGGCCAGGCUCAGAGAGGCCAGGGAGGCUGCAGAAAGGGAGGAGAAGAGGAUGCAGCUGAUGAUGGAGAGGGAGGACAGGCUCAUCAGAGAGAUGAGAGAGAGUGGGGAGAGGAGGGAUAGGGAGGCGGCUGCCAGGGAGGAACGCUUCCUGGCAGUCCUAGAGAGGCUAGCCAACCGACUGUGACUAGUUGUAAUUAAAUAAAUAAAUAAAUGGUAUAAUUAGGAAAA